CUUGAGAUGGCAAAGUCCAGCACACUGUCUCUCCAUGGCUAUGGUAUAUUGAUCACACUAAUGCUAUUCCAUAAGCUCAUUCCUAUCAAAGGUAGCAGCUAUCAUGACGAGUGCGGAGAAUUGUCUUGUGGGCCAAAUCAACCACCUAUUAGAUUUCCCUUCCAACUUGUCAAGGGGAUACAUGAAUGUGCUCAUCGUGGGUAUUGUCUGUAUUGUACUCAAGAAAACAACACCAUGCUUUUCCUCCCUACCAUAAAACUCCAGGUCGAAAACAUAGACUACGAAAAUUUGCAAAUUUACUUGAAGGACCCGAACAAUUGCCUUCCAAAAACUCUUCUAAACCACUUCAAUUCUUUAAAUGAUUAUUACUUUACCGUAUCAAGCAACUUGAGCUUCUUUGACUGUUCUUCAGUUGGGUAUGGACAACUCAGAAAUACAUAUGCAUACGACCAAGAUAUGAUCUCCUGUCCGAUUUACGUCACUGAUUCUCAGGCAAGUGUCUUGGAAUGGGACCUGACAUUCUGUUCAAAGAUGUUUGACGUCACUGCACCUGUUUCGGCAUUCGACAUAAUCCAGAAUCAGUUAAAAUUGACAUGGUCCAAACCAGCUUGUACUGCGUGCGAAGCGCAAGGCAAAAGAUGUAAAUGGAAGAACAACAGCACCGAAGUUAUCGAAUGUUUGGAUUGCUAUGACCAAAGGGGCCUCCAGAAAAGAAUCACGGAUUUCAGAUCUUUUAUUGUUUCUACUACAGUUAUCGUAGGUUCAGUUCUUUUGGGUCUGCUGGUCAUUGCGGUUUUUAAGAGUUUCCGUUAUUUUAGAAAGAAGGAAGAAGACCAAGCAAGAGUGGACAAGUUCUUAGAGGAUUACAGAGCAGAAAAGCCUACAAGGUUUACGUACGCAGAUGUCAAGAGAAUCACCGGUGGUUUUAAAGAAAAACUAGGGGAAGGAGCUCACGGAGCUGUUUUCAGAGGAAAACUUUCGAAUGAGAUUCUCGUGGCUGUGAAGAUCAUCAAUAAUAGUGACGGAGAUGGGAAUGAGUUCAUCAAUGAAGUUGGAAUUAUGGGAAAAAUCCACCACAUCAACGUGAUUCGUUUGUUAGGCUUUUGCGCCGAAGGAAUCCAUCGUGCUCUUGUCUACAAUUUGUUUCCAAAGGGUUCGCUUCAAAGCUUCAUAUUUCCACCCGAUGACAAGGACCAUUUCCUUGGCUGGGAGAAGAUGCAACACAUUGCUCUUGGUAUAGCUAAAGGGAUUGAGUAUCUCCAUCAAGGUUGUAAUAAUCCCAUUGUUCACUUUGACAUAAAUCCUCGCAAUGUAUUGCUUGAUGAUAACUUCACUCCAAAGAUUUCUGACUUUGGAUUAGCCAAAUUGUGUUCCAAGAAUCCAAGUUUGGUGUCCAUGACAGCUGCUAGGGGAACCUUGGGAUACAUUGCACCGGAAGUUUUCUCCAGGAACUUCGGAAAUGUGUCUUACAAAUCAGAUAUUUACAGUUAUGGAAUGUUGUUGCUGGAAAUGGUUGGAGGAAGGAAGAAUGUAGACAUGUCAUCACCGCAAAAUGUCCAUGUUCUAUACCCAGAUUGGAUCCAUAAUCUGGUUGAUGGAGACAUACAUAUCCAAGUUGAGGAUGAAGACCAUUUUAAAAUUGCAAAGAAGUUAGCUAUUGUUGGACUUUGGUGCAUUCAGUGGCAGCCAGUGAACCGCCCAUCCAUGAAAUCUGUCAUACAAAUGCUAGAAACUAAAGAGGUAAUCCAGUUAACUGUGCCUCCUAAUCCAUUUCACUCAACCACUUCAACUACUGCUAGUCUCACUUCAGCAAGAAGACCUUUGGAGUUGGAAGCAAUUCAAGAGUAAUAGAAUAGUUAUGACUUGUUACAUUGACAAAUAUGUACUUUGCUAAUUUAUUCUCAUAGGGAGGAAAUGAGUAUUUUAAGUUGUAGAUGAAGUAACAGUU